CGACAUCCCGUCGGGUCGUCAGUCCGGAGGCGACCGCGGGCGGGGCGGCACGUGCGGUGCACGCCUCGCGAGUUUGCAUUGUUUUUAUGUACACCAUUGUUUUAAUUCAAUCCGUCUACAAUCGAUACGACAUUGAAGUGAAACUACACGGCCUAUAGUGCUGCGUGCGAUACUAUUUUGUGUGUUAAAACAAGCAACACUGGUGUUUUAUCUAUAUCUAAGUAGAUAGUGCAAGACGGUGGCUUAUUGACAAGUGAAACACUUUAUCGUUCCAUUCAUCCGUUGGACGACACUGUUUGCAUAUAUUGUUAUUGGAUUGUUUAGGUGUUGGUGAUCUUUGUUGUAUAGGGAAGCAUGCCAAUCGAUAUCCGAGUGAAUGCCCAGCUUCGAGCAUCCGAGGAGCUCUUGCCGUGCGGUUGAUUAUACGCUUGCAUAUUGAUUGGUCCUGUACCGGGAUCACUGGCGAUUGUAAUCCAAUUACGUACGAUUGCAAAUAAACGUGCAGUGCAGAAAUAAGUACAAGUUUGAGGACGAACAACUCAAAGCGACGGAGAACCGGUUAUUGAUUAAUUCCAUACGUGUAAUCAGCUUCUCGUGAUGGUGCGGUUAGACGAGUGUCAGAUAGCCGUGACGGAGUAACGCAGUAUGGGUGCGAACAUGGGCAAGAAUUCGAGCCUGCUCGACGCGCUACCCUCCGCACAGGGCACCCUCCACGUGGUGAUGCUCGGUCUGGAUUCCGCCGGCAAGACCACCGCGCUCUACCGGCUCAAGUUCGACCAGUACCUUAAUACCGUCCCCACUAUCGGGUUUAACUGUGAAAAAGUUAAAGGCACCAUUGGCAAAUCCAAAGGUGUAAACUUUCUCGUAUGGGAUGUUGGCGGGCAGGAGAAACUGAGACCACUUUGGAAAUCCUACACGCGAUGUACGGAUGGCAUCAUAUUUGUACUGGAUUCCGUCGAUGUCGAAAGAAUGGAGGAAGCAAAAAUGGAAUUAAUACGAACGGCGAAAUCGCCGGAUAACGCCGGCGUUCCUAUACUUGUAUUAGCAAACAAACAGGACUUACCGGGUGCAAAAGAACCCCGCGAGUUGGAAAAACUGUUAGGUUUGCAUGAAUUGGUGUCGUCGCCGCACGGAUCGCGAGACGCGCACGCGUGGCACGUGCAGCCUGCGUGCGCCAUCACGGGCGAGGGAUUACACGAGGGCCUUGAAGCACUCUACGAAAUGAUACUCAAAAGGAGAAAACUGGCCAAACUACAAAAAAAACGUGUCAGAUAAAUUGACUGUUCAUUAACAAACACUGGUAAUAUUAUAUCAGCUGUACAGUAACUACAGUGCGGUUAAUGCGAGUAAGGUUUUAAAAUGCUCAUUUAACGGAUGAUUAUCAUGACGUCCGAGGUUAAACACCAAAUAUUUUUUUUUAAUAUAGAUGUAAAACGUCUUAUGAAUUAUUCCAUCAUAAUGUUGCUCAAGUUAUAUUGAACAUUUUGAAGGAAACGAAUAUAAAAAUAGUUUAACUACUAGUCAUUUUCUUUUGAAAAUAGCUAGGUGGCUAAUGAAGGUACUAAUUGCAUUGAAAUCGGAACAGCGAUAUUCAUACAUUUUUAACACGCUUUUGUAAGAUUAAACGGUAAGAAAAGCUUAAAUUAUGUGAUCGGAAUAUAUUAUAACAGUUUAAAUAUAUUCGAUGUUUUAAAAUCCUUCUAUAGUUCAUACUACUUUGCUUUUUCGUUGUCAAAUGUGGCUCACAAACAAUAUAAUGUGGGACCAUUAGUGUUACAUUUAGAUGUCGUAAAAUAACGAAAGUAAUUGGCAAAGCAAAGAUUUAAAUGUGAACAGAACGAAGAAUUAAUGUACUGCUUCAAAAAAAAAGGACUACAAUAUUUUACGAAUAUGGCAUAACUUUCAGGAACGUUGCUAAAAAUAAAUUCACGGGUUUGUGAAUGUAAUCUAUUGGCUUCUGGGCCCUUAUUCUGUAUGAUAGUGUAAACGCGUAACGCGGCCGUGUCAUGUUAUCUUCGAGAAAUGUGUGUGGAAUGGUAUUCUGUAAGCCGAAUUUCUAUAGUCCUAGACAUGAUGCGUUGUGUUACGUGCUUGUUACACACUGUCAAAAUAACGUGCGGGAUAGAGAAUAAGGUCCCAGGAAGACAAAGUUUGAUAUAAUGAUGUUAGUCCAUUAGAAUACGUAAGAAUCUACAUUUUUAUAAGUGUAACGUGAAGUAAACACUAUCCACAACCUCUGAUUAAAACAGUCAGAAUAAAAAUCCAAGUAAAUAAAUAUGUUGUUUUUGAACAUAAUAAUUUGAUUAUCGGUCAUUGCAUAAUACAUCAUGGUUUUAUAAAAUGGGUAAUAAUUUUUCGCAUUGCACACUCGGGUUAUGCUUAUAAUGAUGCAGAUUCUUAAGUUUUACAAGGUUUUGUAAUAUGCUGGUACGUAAAAAUAUUAUAUUUGAGGCUUAUUAAAAUUCUUGUUUUGAACAGUAUCUUCUUUAUGUAUAUUAUGUAAAUAAAAUUGUAGGCACUAGCAUAAUAGCAUAAACAAAUCCAUUGACAGAUUGUCUAUGCUUAAAUGAAAUAAAAAUAUAAUUCACGGCAAAUAAUGAUGACUUUUUAGGUGAAAUCAAAAAGUGUGUGGAGUUAUUUAUUUAUUUGAUCUUACUAUUUAUAUUUUGUAAAGGUUAACCGUCUUCAAGUAAUGCAUCACAUGCAGCCAUAAUGGGAUUUUUAUUAUUUAUUACUUAUUUUAAGCUUAAUCAAUGCUACGUCUCUUUAAAAACCAAAAAUAUAUUUUGUAUCUUCUAUAAAAUUGCAGACAUUAUAACAGUUUCAAACGAAAUAUUUAUACAUUUCAUUAAAAUCCGAUGAAACAAUAGCCAGUAUUUUAAUAUAUUGUGGAAAUGGUUAAUACAAGUUUCAAGUAAAAGCUUUAAACAUAUGCGUGAAGUUUCGUAAUAAAGAAUCGUAAUUACGACAUUGUAUUAAGUAUUUAUUUACUUAUAGUUAAAUAUAAGGUAGUUAGUUGACAGUAAUCAUUAUAUAAUGAAUUAAUGUAAAGCUUUUACCAGUUUGUGUUACUCAUCUUGUAAAUAUGUAAAUUCCUUGUAGUUAUUCGUCAUAUUGUGAAACCAAACUUUUGUCUAGACUAUGUACACAUUGUUAUUAGAUUUUUUUUUAUUAUAUCAAUAGAAUAACGCAAAUAUUAUUAUUGUAUUGUGUUUUAUGCAAAUACAUAGACGUUUUUCAUAUUGAACCCCGUAAUUAAAGUCUGUUUUCAAUA